GGUAUGUGGCUAUUUGCGAAAGUUGCAGAAUCAGAGUGGAUCUGCGAAGAAGAGUGCAUCAGCAGAAAGAAAACGUUGAUAUAUAAGGCUUUACCACCUUCGUAUUGCAUCUGCAUCUUCAAUCUGAAGCCAUUUAUGCAGUUGUGUGGUUGAAUCUAUGUUAUAGGAGUUAAUUUUGUUCGAAGUGAAGCGAAUUGGUGGAUCUGAAGUAGCGAUGGCGAUGGCGAUGGCGAGAGCAAGUUCUGGUCUGCAAUACCCAGAGCGGUUCUACGCUGCGGCCUCUUACGUGGGGUUUGAUGGAUCCGCUUCUCCAACCAAAACCCUCACUUCCAAAUUCGCUAAGUCUACCUCUCUUCUUCUCUACAGCUUAUACCAGCAGGCUAGUGUAGGACCUUGUAACGUCCCAGAACCAAGUACAUGGAAAAUUGUGGAGCAUAGCAAAUGGGCCAGUUGGAACCAGCUUGGAACCAUGUCUUCCACUGAAGCCAUGCGUCUUUUUGUGAAAAUAUUGGAGGAAGAAGAUCCUGGUUGGUAUUCAAGAGCAUCUAACUCUGUUGCAGAACCUGUCAUAGACGUGCAAAUGAAUCAUAAUUCCAAAGUUGAACCAGUAAUUGAGAAUGGAAACUCUUAUCCAGAGACAAAGACUAUUUCCACCCAAAAUGGAAUCGAAGUUGGAACAGAGGAUAAAGAUAUUGUUGUGGAAGGCUUUAGUUCAGUUGGAGUAUAUGAUCAAUGGAUUGCACCUCCAGUAUCUGGACAAAGUCCAAAAGCCCGAUAUGAGCAUGGAGCUGCAGUUGUGCAAGAUAAAUUGUACAUAUAUGGUGGAAACCACAAUGGUCGUUACCUUAAUGAUCUUCAUGUUUUGGAUUUGAGAAGGUGGAUUUGGUCAAAGAUUGAAACUAAGGCUGGAGAUGAGUCCCCCGCAACUUCAGUCCCUUGUGCUGGCCAUUCUUUGAUUCCAUGGGGAAAUAAGCUUCUGUCUGUUGCAGGGCAUGCAAAAGAUCCUUCUGAAAGUAUCCAAGUGAAAGUGCUUGAUCUUCAAACCGCUACAUGGUCAACUCUAAAAACUUUUGGGAAAGCUCCGGUAUCACGUGGUGGCCAAUCAGUGACCCUUGUAGGGGGAACCUUAGUAAUUUUUGGUGGGCAAGAUCCAAAGAGGACUCUUUUGAACGAUCUGCAUAUUCUUGACUUGGAAACCAUGACAUGGGAUGAAAUUGAUGCUGUUGGGGUGCCACCUUCUCCAAGGUCCGAUCAUACUGCUGCUGUUCAUGUGGAGCGAUACUUACUUAUCUUUGGUGGGGGUUCACAUGCAACAUGCUACAAUGAUUUACAUGUUCUUGAUUUGCAAACUAUGGAAUGGUCUCACCCCACACAGCUGGGUGAAAUUCCAACACCACGGGCUGGACAUGCUGGUGUGACAGUAGGGGAGAACUGGUUCAUUGUUGGUGGUGGUGACAAUAAGAGUGGGGUCUCUGAAACAGUUGUACUGAAUAUGUCUACACUGGCUUGGUCAGUGGUAACUUCUGUUCAAGGACGAGUUCCUGUUGCCAGCGAGGGAUUGAGUUUGGUUGUAAGCUCCUAUAAUGGCGAAGAUGUCCUUAUAUCUUUUGGAGGGUACAAUGGACGAUACAAUAAUGAAGUGUAUGUUCUUAAACCAAGCCACAAAUCAACCCUGCAAUCGAAAGUAAUUGAAAAUUCAGUACCAGACAGUGUUUCAGCUAUCCCAAAUGCAACAAAUGCUACCCGAGAUGUGGAGUCUGAAUUUGAAGCCGGCCAUGAAGGGAAAAAUUGGGAAGUUGUCUUGGACAAUGCUGAUCCAGCUAAAUCAAAAGGUGAUAUUAUAUCAGUCCUGAAGACUGAGAAAGAAGAGUUAGAAUCAUCACUCAGCAAGGAGAAACAGCAUGCUCUUCAAUUAAAGCAAGAGCUGGCAGAAGCUGAGUCUCGUAACACCGACCUUUACAAGGAGCUCCAGUCAGUUCGUGGUCAGCUUGCUUCUGAGCAAUCAAGGUGUUUCAAACUCGAGGUGGAGGUUGCUGAAUUAGGUCAGAAGCUCCAAACCAUUGGAACAUUACAGAAGGAGCUGGAGCUCCUCCGGCGGCAGAAGGCUGCAUCAGAGCAAGCUGCCUUAAAUGCAAAACAGAGGCAGAAUUCAGGUGGCGGCGUGUGGGGUUGGCUUGCGGGUGCUCCCCCUGACCAGAAUGCAGAUGAUGCGUGAAUCUCUUAGCUGAAUAGCAGUGCUACUUUCAUUCAACCAAUUUUAUUUCCAAUACUUACUGUGUAUUCAUUCAGUUCUUCUUUUAGUUAUGUAAACAAGAUUUAGCUUGUUUGACCAAAAGAUUUUCUACACCUGAGGAUGAGGACGAAGGUAUAAAUAGUAGAUGUUACUUUUACUUUUACCGCCAUUUUUGUUGAUGAUUGUAUUCAAAGUGACAUACAUUAUUGAAUGAAAAAUAUACAAAUUCUUUUGA